CAAUAAGCGAAAAAAAAGGAAAUUUAAAAUUACAUUUACAAGGGUGUUUGCAGAAACAGCUAAUAAUGAACCAUGCAUUGUUGAUUGCACUUUGGCCCUACUUGAUAAACGCAGGUCAGAAAAAUUUUCUGGGAGAGAGAAGCAUUAUUUUUCUUCAAAAAAUUGCUCAAAUUGGAAAUUUCCUUCUGAAGCCCUUUCUAAAGAAUGGGAGAGCUAUCUAAAUUUUUUGAAAGAAGAUCCCCCGAGAUAUAUAUAUUUUUAUUGUAUAUUUUCCGUUUCGAAUGGAACACAUUUACAAAUUAGCAUGCCUAAAUAUAAAUCAUCAUCUAUUCCCAACAAAUCAUCCUCGACAACAAGUGCUUCUCCCUCAUUACAGGAAGACCUUCGAAAUCUAUUCCAUAACAAACAUCUCAGCGAUGUGAAAUUGCGAGUGGAUGGCGAAACUCUUGAGGCACAUAAAAAUAUUCUAGUGGCUCGAUCCCCGGUGUUUGCUGUUAUGUUUGAACACCAAGACAUGGAAGAAAGUCGCAGUGGCAUUGUGGACAUCGUUGAUAUUGAUGCCCACAUUAUGAAUUCAUUUUUGGAAUUUUUAUACACCGAUAGUGUAGAUGAAAUGGAUUAUGAAAUCUCUAUAAAACUGCUGAUGGCUGCAGAAAAAUACCAAGUAUUGUCAUUGAAAGAGAAAUGUGCGAUGUUUUUGAAAAAUGAAAUGUCAGAGGAGAACGUAUGUGAAAUAUUGUCUCUUGCUGAUGCAGUAAAUCAUGAAUUUUUAAAAUUAGCUUCCAUUGAAUAUAUAAUAGCGAAAUCAGCAACAAUUUUAUCUUCUCCACUAUGGAUACCAUGGAUGGAAAACAAUAUGAAAUUGGCUUCUGCUAUUUUUGCGAAAUUAACGCUAAGCCAAUCUUCAGCAAAAAACUGAAAAAAAGGGACAAAUUAGAAUCUUUUUGAACUUCACAUUUCCUACUGAACUACCAGAGUUCACGAUUAAGCAGUGGCAUAGUUUUCAUCGAAGAUUUGAAGUAGUAUCCUUUCUGUCGCAGUAGUGACAUACUGUUACAUGAAAUCCAUACCAGAUUUAUAGAUAAUUUACUUACCUCUAAAUAUAUUUGGAAUCUACUCUAUAGUCGGAUCAGUUAAACUGACUAAGCAAUGUUUAAUGUAAAAUAGUGAUAGAAAUGAAAAAAAAACUAAUGAACCAAAGAAAAUUGUGCUUAAAAAAAUUUAUAGUGUUUUCCAAAGAAAUUAUUAUUGAUGUUUUGAAAUUUAAUAUUUUUUGCUGU